AUGAAAGCCUUGCUGCAGGAGACUGUUGAUCCAGGAUACCGACAUUUCAAGCUGAAAGUUGGGACCAGUAUAGAGCAGGAUCGGCCAAGCUUGCAGAUUGCCAGGAGCGUGAUUGAAUAUGAUAAGGGCAACGUCCUGAUGGUGGACGCGAACCACUUCUGGUCCGUACCAGAAGCUAUGGGGUAUACGAAGCAUCUGGCGGAGUUCAAGCCUUGGUUUAUCGAGGAGCCAACGUCACCUGGUGAUGUCCAUGCGCACAAAAAUGACCAUGAGGCACUGCAAGCUGGAAGAUGCGCGCCUUCAAGGUGA